CAAAGGUAAAGGAACAGCCGUUAUAAGCCAGCAGCCAAAACCGACUGUGGUUAGUGCGGCUACUUUUAGCGAUCAAGUAUUUUAUUGUGGUUUGAACUGGUGAUUUUAUUUGUUGACGAUUUUCAUGCUUCUGUAUUUCCUGGCCUAAAAAAAAUGGCCUUCCUACACUUUUUGUGUGUCUGUUCGAUUUCUUCCCUGGCGUUUGCUGGAUUGAUUGACCGUGGUCAGGACGCCGCAGACGCGCUGAAGUACAGCAAGAUGGAGGGAUUUUUCCGUGUGGAGGUUUUCGUGGAUAAACUGGACACCCAAGGAAAAUCACAUACUGGAUUGUCGUGCGAUAUCUUUGACAAAUGUGAUCCUAAAGUUAUGUGCUUUAUCGAUACGGAAAAACCAAACAACGAUUUUGGUGGCGAUUCUGUUCCGUACAGCAAUUAUGUGACUUUAUUUGAUGGCAAUAACGUCGACAUUCCUCAAAUUUCUCAGUCGAUCUCUCGCGAUGUAUGUGGCAAAGCUCCGCGAAAAAUUGCCAUCCGAUGCCGUGCUAUUGAUAAAGAUGGCAUCAACGAUGAUAAAAUUGAUAACUACAAAUGGCAUUUGACCAGUGACAAGUAUAAGGUUGCCCAAAACGAGCAGGCUUCGGAGUGGUCGGCCGAAAUUGCUAUUCCCGGAGAAGACCGGCCUAGUUCCAAGAUUUAUGUCAAAGCCCGGAUGUACUCUAUUCCGGAAACGCAGUGCAGGCCUUCGACCAACGGUCAAGGAUUAUUUAGUGGUCUGUUUUCUAAGUAAUCCGCAGCUUUCGAUAUUUGUUUAAGUACUAUUUAUCCGCCAUUGAUUGCAUGGUAUAGCCAGCCUGCUGGAAACGAACCGUGAUAGUAGCGAUCGCAGUUAUUCUUUUAGUUUUGUACACGACUGCUAUUGUUAUUUGUGGAUCGUUUUAGAUCGCCAAGUGACACUGUUGAUUGUUUAUUUUACGAGCGUUUAAUGCUUUGAAACUUGCGGCUGAAUCAAAUUGUUUGCUCAAUAUGCAAAAGAGAAAUCAAGAAGAAACAGUACGAAAAGAAAGAGCC